AUUUCAUAUUUCCCUCCUCUAAACCCCGACUGAUAGUGCUGUGUGAACGCCAGCGCUUCCUCGCCACUUAUUCCUAGAAAAAAUAUAUAUCUAAAAAAAAUAUUUUUUAAACCUUAAAAACAUACAUUUUUUAACCAACUCGUUGAAGCAGGAGUUGAUAUUCGAACUGAAGUGGAACGACGAGAAUGUUACGCUGCGUUUCUCUGGUUACUGUUACCAUCUGCAACGGGAAAAGCAAGCAAGGACAUGUUGAUUUCAAGCUCUAUUUUGUCAAUUAUAUAGACAUUUUAAGCAACAUAUACGUAACGAACUGGUCGUAUUUUAAACGUUUCAAAUAUUUAUCUUCUAAAUUUAAACUUCAUUAGAACUUGUCAAGCUUGUUAAACUUUGCUAGCCAGCUGGUUUAGAUUCAACCCUCGAGUUAGCAUAACCAGACCCUUUUUAAAUUACGAACAAUUUCGUCUGAAAGGUAACAUUUUUUUUGUCGGAUUUCAUUACGAAAAUGAACCCCGGUGCUCCUACUUACCCCAUGGCAUCCCUGUAUGUCGGUGAUCUUCAUCAAGAUGUGACCGAAGCUUUGCUAUACGAAAAAUUCAGCCCCGCCGGGGCCAUCCUUUCCAUCCGGGUCUGCAGGGAUAUGAUCACCCGUCGUUCCCUCGGGUACGCCUAUGUCAACUUCCAACAGCCAGCUGAUGCUGAGAGGGCUCUAGACACCAUGAACUUUGACGUGAUCAAGGGUCGUCCUGUCCGCAUCAUGUGGUCUCAGCGUGACCCAUCCCUGAGGAAGAGCGGGGUGGGCAACAUCUUCAUCAAGAACCUAGACAAAUCUAUUGACAACAAGGCCCUCUACGACACCUUUUCUGCCUUCGGCAACAUCCUGUCCUGCAAGGUGGUUUGUGAUGAGAAUGGCUCAAAGGGCUAUGGCUUUGUGCAUUUUGAGACUCAGGAGGCUGCUGAAAGAGCCAUUGAGAAAAUGAACGGCAUGCUGCUCAAUGACAGGAAAGUGUUUGUGGGACGGUUCAAAUCUCGCAAAGAACGUGAGGCUGAGCUUGGUGCCCGGGCCAAAGAGUUCACCAACGUUUACAUCAAGAACUUUGGUGAAGAUAUGGAUGAUGAGAAACUGAGGGAGGUCUUCAGCAAGUAUGCCGAGUAUGGCAGUGCCAUGAGUAUCCGUGUCAUGACUGAUGACAGUGGCAAAUCCAGAGGCUUUGGCUUUGUGAGCUUCGAGAGGCACGAGGACGCCCAAAAGGCUGUUGAUGAGAUGAAUGGGAAGGAGCUGAAUGGAAAGCUCAUCUACGUGGGCCGCGCCCAGAAGAAGGUGGAGCGUCAGACGGAGCUGAAACGCAAGUUUGAACAGAUGAAACAGGAUCGCAUGACGCGCUACCAGGGUGUCAAUCUCUACGUGAAGAAUCUUGACGAUGGAAUUGAUGACGAGCGCCUGCGUAAAGAAUUCUCCCCAUUCGGCACCAUCACCAGUGCCAAGGUGAUGAUGGAGGGUGGUCGCAGCAAGGGCUUCGGCUUUGUGUGCUUCUCCUCCCCGGAGGAGGCCACCAAGGCCGUGACAGAGAUGAACGGGCGCAUCGUGGCCACUAAGCCUCUGUACGUGGCGCUGGCUCAGAGGAAAGAGGAGCGCCAGGCUCACCUCACCAACCAGUACAUGCAGAGGAUGGCCACCGUCCGGCCUGUACCCAACCCAGUCCUCAACCCCUACCAGCCUGCCCCUCCUUCUGGAUACUUCAUGGCUGCCAUCCCACAGGCUCAUAACAGAGCUGCUUACUACCCUGCCAACCAGAUAGCCCAGCUGAGACCCAGCCCUCGCUGGGCCACCCAGGGUGUGAGACCUCAACACUUCCAGAACAUGCCAGGAUCCAUACGUCCUUCCACACCCAGACAGCCCAGCUUCAGCCCUAUGAGGCCAACCAACCAGGUGCCUCGCAUGAUGUCCACGCGAAGCGUGGGCCCCCAGACUAUGGGGCCCCGCGCCCCUUCGGCCCCAGUGAGUGGAGUCCCGGUGCGUGGCGUGCCUCAGUAUAAGUACGCCACAGGAGUCCGCAACCCACAGAACCACAUUAACUCACAGCCCCAAGUCACUAUGCAGCAGCCUGCUGUCCAUGUGCAGGGCCAGGACCCUCUGACGGCCUCCAUGCUGGCCGCUGCACCACCUCAGGAACAGAAGCAGAUGUUGGGUGAGCGCUUGUUCCCGUGCAUCCAGAACAUGCACCCCAGCCUGGCUGGGAAGAUCACUGGCAUGCUGCUGGAGAUAGACAACUCUGAACUGCUUCACAUGCUGGAGUCUCCCGAGUCUCUCCGCUCUAAGGUGGAUGAGGCUGUGGCUGUGCUGCAGGCCCACCAGGCCAAGGAAUUAGUCCAGAAGACUGUCCCCAACUCUGCUGGUGGGCCGAGUGUCUGAGCCCAGGGAUGGGGAACCUUGGAACUUCAUCUUUAAAAAAAUGAUAAUUCUGAUGAAACUUUGGAAAAAGUUAACACCAAAACAAUGCAAAAAGAAAAGCUGUUCUAAAAAGGCAAGUCUUCUUUCAGCCAGGCCUAGAGAAGAGCACACUGGCUUUGGAAAAAGUUUCCAAAUAAACAUUUCAAGUGUUUUAGAAGAGAAUUCUAUAUGAUGGAAUGAGGACUUCCAGAAAGCGUUCCCUUCUGGUGUUUUAUUCCUUUUAGAUGUAUCAAUGUUUGGGGUGUACGUGGCCAGGAUGUUGAAUAACCCAGCGUUGUGAAAUGUACCUUUACCUUUGUUUGCUUGAAUUAAACUUCUUAAAAGAUUGGAUGUUAACAUAUUGGUGGAAGUUAUAAACGAUCGAAAUAAAUUUGCACACUCCGUGUGUACUCUUCCAACAAUGUAAUGGGUAUUUACCAACGUUUUCCCCCUGUGAGGAAGGUUUUCCCCCGUGAUGCUGGGAGAUUACACAUGGAGUGUGCGACUUUCUUUAUUUUGAUAGUUUAUUGGACGAUAGUCAGCACCUCCACCUAAACUACUAUUCCGGGUGUGCGCCAGCUCAUGUUUUUUUAAUCUAAUAUUGGUGGAAGUUGUCAUUAACUGGUGGAAGACAUGAAGCCUGCUAGCUGAGAAUGGCCCAAUGUGUAGACCCUAAUUAGCACAGUAGGGAGCACCAAGUAGUGGUCAAGUUAAAACCAUGUUUUUUCAAAUGACCUGAGAUGAGUGGAAAUUGGUCUUAACUUUACAGAACGGCUAAAUUUAACAAAGGCAGACAUGAGCGUUCUAUUGGAUACAUAUAGCAUGUUAACCUCAUGUUUAUAAAUACAGUAAAUAGUGCAUUUUAUUAAGGGAACAAUGAUCAUCUGUUCCCCACAACAACAUAGAAGAGCAUUAGAACGGGAACUUGCACUGUAAUAACAAAAAAUGUGGAGACCCCUUCAAAUGAGUGGAUUUGGCUAUUUCAGCCAUACCCGUUGCUGACGGGUGUAUACAUUUGAGCACACAGCCAUACAAUUUCCAUAGACAAACAUUGCCAGUAGAAUGGCCUUCAGUGACUUUCAAUGUGACACUGUCAUAGGAUGCCAACUUUCCAACAAGUCAGUUUGUCAAAUUUCUGCCCUGCUAGAGCUGCUCUGGUCAACUAUAAGUGCUGUUAUUGUGAAGUGGAAAUGUCUAGGAGAGCAACAGCUAAGCCGUGAAGUGGUAGGCCAUACAAGCUCAUAGAACGGGACUGCAGAGUGCUGAAGCUCGUUAAGAACGCCUGUACUCGAUUGCAACCCUCACUACCGAGUUCCAAACUGCCUCUGGAAGCAACGUCAGCACAAGAACUGUUCAACGGGAGCUUCAUGAUUUCCAUGGCUGAGCAGCCGCACACAAGCCUAAGAUCACCGCACAGAACCCUGACCUCAACCCCCAUUGAACACCUUCGGGAUGAAUUGGAACGCCGACUGCGAGCCAGGCCUUAUCGCCCAACAUCAGUGCCCAAGUCCAUAUUAAUGCCCAUGAUUUUGGAAUGAGAUGUUUGUGCAGGUGUCCACAUUAUUUUGGCUGUGUAGUUUAGUGAACAUGCUUGGGCACAGUGGAAGUUACCUGCUGCAGUAUGUCUCCUAGUUCUGUGCUCAGUUCUUUUGCUGCCAGUUGUUCUCAGUGUAUCAGCCAAUGUGUCCAUAUGGCAGAAGGAAACACAUUCAUAACCAGUGCAGAGGCCUGCCCACCGCCCCGCCAAAGAUGAGGCACAUCUGUGCAAAAACCCACCAUUUGAUGGCAUAUAGAUUCUGUUUUUCAUCAAUAUAGCCACGCAGCACAAGGAGCAUCCCAUAUACCGUUUCAUGCUCCCGAAUCGUGAGACAGAACAAUAUGUCCUCAUGAAUAGCAUCCAGUGACCUGUUUAGCCAACAAAAGUCAAUGCAUGGUCAUCUGGGCCCUCACAGUUAACGUCCAUUUGGAGAGCAUAAUCUGGGGAGUUUGAGUCGUUCAGUCCUUUUUCUCUUGAUUGCUAGCAAUAGCAUACAUUCUUUUGUGUUUUCUGACAAAGGUAUUGGUGUGAGUUUCUGUCCCUCUGUCUCCACACACAUUGUUUUCACCAUAUCAAUUGCAGCCGGUAAUAUCAAAGUCUCUGCAAUAGUGUGUGGUUUCAUAGUGUAUCAUGCCUAGUCAUUCAAUGAUUCAACGUUUCAAGUGCAAUGGUCAAGUACAGCCGUUUCCCAUGAUCUAAGGGCGCUCAUAUUUUUGGGGAUUUUGGAAAUUCUCCCGCGACUCCAUUUUCAUAUUAGGCAAUGCCACAUGGGGCCGCGACCCCUAGCUGCAACAAACACUCAAACUGGACAGUUUUAUCUCACUCUCUUAAUUCAAAGACAUAGACACUCUUACUGACAGUUGUGGCUGCUUUGCGUGAUGUAUUGUUGUCUCUACCUUCUUGACUUUUGUGCUGUUGUCUGUGCCCAACAAUGUUUGUAACCUGUGCUGCUGCCAUGUUGUUUUGCUGCCAUGUUGUGUUGCUACCAUGUUGUUGUCUUAGGUCUCUCUUUUAUGUAGUGUUGUGUUGUCCUAUAUUUUAUUCAGGAGGCCUGAAUAAAUUCAGGAUUCCCCGCAGGAGGCCUUUUGGUAGGCCGUCACUGUAAAUAAGAAUUUGAUCUUAACUGACUUGCCUGAUUAAAUAAAACAAAUGAAUCAAUGUC